AGUUGGGGUUUAAGAUGGUGAUGCUGAUGUGGAUUACAGUGCUGCUUUUUAGUCAUACAAAUUCUGCACAAAUGAACAUCGUCAAUCAGCCGAACCCAGUGAUCACUGCAGCUUCUGGAGAUAACGUGACUCUACAUUGCCUUCGAGUGGAAGAAGGAGACACUGAUCCCAUCAUUUGGUACAAACAAGCAUUAGGACAUGAGCCUCAUGCAAUGGUCACAGUCCAGAAAGUAGUAAAAAAUCCCAUUUUUGAAGAUCAGUUCAACUCGCCAAGGUUUACCGUGGAGAAUUUAAUAGGAAGCUGCAAUUUGAAAAUUACUAAUGUGGAACCAUCAGACGAAGCCGUGUAUUACUGUGGAUUAAAAAAGUUUGCAAUAGCAUUUGGAAAAGGAACAUUUUUAUCUGUGAAAGGUAAGAUAAACUUUAAUUGUGAUAGAGAUGUAAAAGUGUCAGUGUUCCAGAGCGGCGUGUCAGACUCGGUUCCUGCAGGAGCAUCAGUGACUCUGCAGUGCUCAGUUCUCUCUGAGAGCAGAUCAGCAGAACUCCAAGUGCUCUGGUUCAGAGCUGCUCCACCACAAUCCCAUCCUCAAAUCAUUUACACUCAUCACAACAGCAGCCGUCAGUGUGAGAGCGGCUCUUCUACACACACCUGUGUGUACAACUUCUCCAAGAACAUCCUCAGCCUCAAUGAUACUGGAACUUACUACUGCGCUGUGGCCGUGUGUGGGAAGAUCAUUUUUGGGAACGGGACACAAGUACAAUUGGAGAGAUCUGUGGAUCCUAUAGUGAUCUACCUCGCUGUAGCUUUGGGAGUGUGUGUGGUCAUGAUCUUUGCUUUGAUCUUUGUCCUAACCUGUGAAAGGAAAAACUGUGACCAACGCACUGGUAAGUCUGCAUUAUGUAUUUUAUUAAAGUUCAUAUAUUAUUACAAAGUUAUUAUAAUAUUCUAUUAUUUCCUUUAUACACACUGAGUCACGAGUUUAUUAGUAAAGCUGAUUUAGUACCUAUUGAACGCUAAGUUCAUAUGGAAGUCAAACAGGAGUGUUAUGGGAACAUAUGAACAACAGAGUUACUGUUACCAUUUUUAUUACCAUUAUUUUUCUUAUAGCACCACAUCCAGGAGUGUUUAACCUGCUUAUAUCACAGUAAUUUUCCAUCUCUAACCAUUUUUAUAAUUUAAGAAACGUCAUACAUUUUAUUCACUUAGAGUUGCGUUUAAUGUUGUGGAAUGUCCACAAAAGAAGUUAGUUUGUGUUAUCACUUACAUUAUAGCAGCUAUAAACACUCAUUCCCUCCCUAGCAUUGUUUUUCCUUUUCUUGAAGUUAAUAACGCCUUCUGAAAAUACUUGCCAUAGAGAUCCGAUCAUAAAAUGUGAAUUUUCUUCUCUACAGUGAGACUCAAACA